UCAUUGGCCAAUCUGACCCUGCACUGCACAAUAUGAACAGCAUCACCUGGUGGCUAUUUUUACAUUUUUAUCUUAUUGACCAUGAUAUGAUUCAACAUCUGAUAUGAUUGUGCUAUUGAAGUAUUGACUCAAAUAUCAAUUAUCAUACAGGGUUUGCAUUUUUUAGUGUAUUGACCCGUGACCGAUCGUUGAGAUACUUCAUAGUUGAAUUGAGUAGAUAAAGCUUUGUACAGCCAUCAACUACUGGUGAUCACAACAGUACAGAAGCAACAUCAGAUAUGGCGGAUUCUCAGUUGGAUAAAUCUACGAUCGAUACAACAACUACAACCGAUGGCGAUAACCAUUCUAGCGGUGAUGUCCCCGCUGUCACACUUGACAACGAAUCGUGGGAGAAUUUUAAAAUAACCAAGUCGACAGAUGCCAAUGACAAAGAGCACGAUUUCAAACUGUUAUUGGAAAAUCCACGAAAAAGUAUCCUCGGCGAUACUUGGAUUUGCACCGAAAAAGGCGAUAAAUAUUACUUGGAUCGAGCAGUCUUGGCUUCCAAAUCAAACUACCUUGCGAGGCUGUCGGAAGGCAACGUAAAAGUAGACAUGGGAGCAAUGAUUAUGAGUAUAAUUCAUGAAGACGACAUGUUAUCUCCCAUCAUUGAAGUAAUGUACGGAAAAGAUUUAAAAAUCGUGAUAUGUGAGAGUAAUUUCGUCGACUUGUUAAAGAACAUGUGUCAUUUAGAGAUGCAAGUCGAUUUAGACGUAUUCAAAGAGUUCAUCGAAGAAACAAUCAUACCGAAGAAGGAAUUAUGUCACGAAAUGAUCAAGUUAUAUAUUUUUUUACUCAACUCGAGAGUGGUGGAAGAAUGCAAAUGUGAUUAUUUACUACCAACCGUUAGUCAUUAUUUCUCUGAAAGAUUGUUCGAAGCGUACGAAAUAAAAGAAUUUUUAUCCAUGCCCUACGAAGGACUACUCCGAGUUCUGUUACAUAAAAACAGAGAUGAAUACCAAGAUGAGGUUUUAGUCGGUCAUGUUUGUGCAAAAUGGAUUUGUCACGACUUUGAAACUCGUGUCGACAAAUUGAUCAAAUUGGUGAAUGCGACCAAACAUCGCCAUGGAAUAUUCCGUUAUUGUGGUGCAGAUGAGGAGCAAUCUAUAAUGGAUAUUUUGAAGAAGAUCGAUGAAAAUCUCAGAAUGCAACAACUGAAAAAAUACUUCAACGAGUUGUAUCAUUACUAUGGUGAUAUUACGUUUGAUUGUUCGCAGUUGGCCGAUGAAAUAUCAGACGAAUCUCAGAAUCGUAUCAUAAACGUCAUCGACCUACCUAGCAGAUGGGCCACUUUUCUGGAAAAAGGACGUUUCUGUGAUCUCAUCAUCGACGUCCAUGGAUUUCCUUGCAAAUUGCACCGUAUCAAAUUGCUGUCCGCAUCGCCGUUCUUUUACGAUCUUUUAACCAAGAACAACAGAUCAUCGGAUUUUCUAGUCAACGAAAAUUCUGAAAAAGAUAAAUCGAUAAUCGAGACACAUACAUUUGAUGAGAUCGACGCAGUAACUUUUGAAAAAAUAAUCGACUACAUUUACGAAGGAGAAAUCGAGAUCACUUCGCAAGAUCUUAUAAUGAAUUUACUCCAAGCUAGCAAGUUUUUGAAGAUAGAUGAUCUAUAUGAGAAAUGUCGUUCCUGGAUCUUAGAUAUUGAUAAUGAGCUCCAUAUUACUGGUGACUUUUUCGAUUUAUUUCAUUACCUUUAUGAGAAUGAACGGAAUUCAGAUCUGUAUAACAUUGUAGUCGCUUAUAUUCUUGGAUAUUGGCCAGGCUUCGAAGAUAAUAAUGCCUUCAAAAACGUAUCCUUGGAAGUUCUGAAAGAAAUCGUCGCAAUACCCAAAUUAGAAAUGGAAACAUCCGACGAAGUUGUCGACCUGUGCUCGAAAUGGAUCUUUCACGAUAUGGAAAAAAGAUACCAUCACAUGUACGAGAUCGCCAAAGCUGUUAAUCGAAAUUACACCGUGAAAAUUGAUCCGCUGAAAUUAGAAACACUUGAAAAUUCUGCCGAUUAUUCGUUAGAUUGGGUUAAAAAAUCCUUCACGGAGAUCCUGCAGUCCACUGCUCUUGUGCCAUCGAAUUGCGAUCCAUUUUUCAGGAAUGAUCAGAAACCCCGUUUUAUUGGCGUCAAAUCUGAAGGAGCGUUGAGCAUUUUGAAUGAAUAUUUCAGCGAAAUCGUUUCCAUAAACCUGAAAGGUUUGCCUACCUAUUCGACACAGCCUAAUACUUCAGUUAAUCGUCAUUCAGCGACUAUCAUCGAUGAUAAAUUAUUCGUACUUUUUAAUAUCGAUAAAGAAUUCUAUUUUUCUGUUCAUCUUCCGACUACGAGAUCGCAAAAAUUCAUUUCGUUGGCUACCGAUGUCAGAAUGCAUUCGUCAGUCGAGUAUACGAUUUUUACCUGCGACGAUGAAAUAUACUACUCUGCGGGUCUACUUAUACUUAAAUAUUGCUUCCAUUUGAAUCGAUGGAUUACUGUUCGGAAACCGCGAAGUAAUGAUGGUAAAACGUGGUUUACGAGUGAUGGAAAAGUCCGGUUCACAAUAUCCUUGAAAAAACCAGUGAAUCAAGGUUGGUCCAAUGUUCUUCGGGCCUAUGUUUUCGAUUACAAGACAAAAACAGCGAAGUUGUUGCCAAAUAUGCCUAUUAAGCCAUCACUCGUGGUAAAGGAACCUGAAAAAUGGGAUAAUUUACCUAUCAAAGUGAAUGUAAUCAAGAAUGACCUUUGCGUCUUGUUCAAAUCAAAGACUUUCUUUUUUCAUUGGAAAAGUCAAACUUGGAGUAGUAUUGAUAAUUUGUAUGAAGACUUCACCACGUUUACUGAACGUGCUGACGAUAUUUUGUUCAUUUCUACCAAGAAUGGAGCUCAGCUGUACUCUCCUAAUGACAAAAAAUGGAUCGCAGAUCAAAAACUGGAUAACUUCGAGAGUAUUUCUGCCGUUCAUACAAUUAUGAAAUGAUCCGUUGGCAUGAUUGCUUUAUCGUCGCUCAGGCUUUUUUUUGAAUAAGUAAGGCGUUUAUUUUUUUAUUUUUGAUAUUCCAAGUUUUUCUUGGUAAAUGAUAUUUCAAUGUUUUUUGAUUCGGAAUUACGAUUUUAUGUGCUGAGUGAUUGUAAAAAAUUCCGGAUCUUAUGCAUACCUGUACGUAAAAUGAGUUCACUGUUUAUUCGUAAAGCUAAACAUAAAUUUUCAAUUCUAUGUACCGAGAUAUUUUUAAGGUAACGUAUUUACAAUUUUGUUCGUUUCAUUAUAAUUAAUUAAUUUGAUUUUGUUC